CUAUGAUACUAUCGGAGUGAAACACGGGAUCUAAGGAAGAAUCGAGGCUAGACUUUAUUAGUAACAAGUAAAUCCUUUGUACGUAAGAAGACUCUAAAAAACAAUAUUGUGCAUCAAUUACAAGGUAUGAGACAAUCCAAAAAGCAUUUGAUCAUGAUCGAUGUAAGCCUACUUGGGUAUUGAGCAUUUAUUUGUACGAACAUAGUUUCCUGGAUGGCAUAUGGAUUUUAUAUGAAUCCAUUUCAUUCCUUUGAUUAUUGCUCGAGCUGGAUGAUGAAAAAUCAUCAUGUCCGGUUCUUUCGGGGGAUGGAUCCAUAAGAAUUCACCUAUCCCAAUAACAAAGAAACCCGACUUGAAUGAUCCUGUAUUAAGAGCAAAAUUGGCUAAGGGGAUGGGACAUAAUUAUUAUGGGGAACCGGCAUGGCCUAAUGAUCUUUUAUAUAUUUUUCCCGUAGUAAUUCUAGGUACUAUUGCAUGUAACGUAGGUCUAGCGGUUCUAGAGCCAUCAAUGAUUGGUGAACCGGCAGAUCCAUUUGCAACUCCUUUGGAAAUAUUACCCGAAUGGUACUUCUUUCCCGUAUUUCAAAUACUCCGUACAGUACCCAAUAAGUUAUUGGGUGUUCUUUUAAUGGUUUCGGUACCAGCGGGAUUAUUGACAGUACCCUUUUUGGAAAAUGUUAAUAAAUUCCAAAAUCCAUUCCGUCGCCCAGUAGCUACAACAGUCUUUUUGAUUGGUACGGCAGUAGCCCUUUGGUUAGGUAUUGGAGCAACAUUACCUAUUGAUAAGUCUCUAACUUUAGGUCUUUUUCAAAUUAAAAUAGAUCUUGAAAUACUAAGGUAAGGCGGGAUAUUACGUAUGUAUCUAGUUAGGCAUACUUCAAAGUUUAUCCUCCUAGAUACAUCUCUUUCAUUUGAUUAUAGAUCUAUUCUGAAGAAUCCACGAAUACAGACUAUG